ACUGCAACAUUUCCCAGCUUCCCAUACAAGUACGAGCGAAGCUUGGGGCAACAGAAAAGAAGAUCAAAGUUUUGGUAAUUCUUAAAAUUAUUUUUUCGGAAAGAGAAAUUAAAACUGAAAAAAGUAAGAAAUUAUGAGGAGAGAGAUUGUAGAAAUCGGUAAAUCUGAUACGGAUAAAUCGGUUUGGCAAUUCAUUUGAGCUUGACUACCUCAGGGUUUUGGAAUUCCUGUAGAGAGGUUCAGAAACCCUACAACUCUCUGAAGGUUUUCGUUUUAAUCGUUUUAGUUUAACGUUUCCGAUCAAACCCUAGGGUUUAGUGGCGAUGUCUGCUGGAGUUUGUGGUAAGCGUCUGUGGUUCGAAGAAACCUUCGGAUCUUCUUCGCCGUCGUCCUCGGCUAAGAGAGCGAGGUGUUCGACUUUUGGUUCUCCGGUCCGUUCUUCCGAUUUCGGGUUCGGAUCUGAAGAUAAGGUCUCCAUCUUACUCCGAAUGUUCCCUGCGAUGGAUCGGGAGUUGGUGGAAAAUGUUCUAAAUACAAAUAAUCAUAAGAUUGAUGAUGCCAUUGAGAGCCUGAAUGCACUUUGCCUUGGCAAAGUUUCUGGGGAAAGUGAACCUCAGAGCCUUGAUUCUAUGGCGGCUGCUAAUGGACCCGAUGUUCCAGGUGGUGAAAGUUGUCAAACAUCUGAGCAGAAUGUUGAAGAAUCACAUAACAAAGCUUCAACCUUUGAAUCUAUUAACCCCACAGAUGGAUCUGCAUGGGUAGAUAUUUUUGUGCAAGAAAUGAUGAAUGCAGUAGAUCUUGAUGAUGCCAGGAGUCGUGCCACUAGAUACUUAGAGGCUUUUGAAAGGAAUGUAGUUGCUCAUACAAGGGCAUCGGAGGAGCAAGAGCUCACUUCUCUUAGAGAGCAUCUGCAGAACUUGUUAAGAGACAACCAAAUACUAAAGAGAGCAGUUGCAAUCCAGCAUGAACGUAAUUUGGAGCAGGAGGAGAAGGCAAGGGAAGUGCAGCAGUUGAAGCAUGUGAUAAGCCAGUACCAAGAACAGUUACGGACUUUGGAGCUGAAUAAUUACACAUUGAAGCUUCAUCUGCAGAGGGCGCAGGAGAGUAGCUCUAUUCCAGGGCAUUUUCACCCAGAUGUAUUUUAAGGAAAAUGUCUUCCUUCCCCAUAGCCUGUUGUUCAGUUUGUAUUUUGCUCUUUGCUUCUUGGUACUUCCGAUAGGUUUGAACCAGCAUGAGAGUCAAUCAUGGUUCAUGAAUUGUAGUCGAUUCCACGAGGCAGCUAAAAAAAAUCAAGCCAUUAUGUCAUAUGCAGCUGGUGUAGCCGUUUCAGGUUCUAGUUACUCAACUGGCGUUGGUCGUAUAAGCUUCAGGUUUUUUUCUGUGAUGUUGCUUAACUUGCACGAAAGGAAGAUCAGUUGUUUGGAUUU